AUGGCUCCGAUCGAGCAGCCCAAAUUGACACACGCAUUUGACCUCACCAUACGUGGACCGCCAGGAUUUGCGUCAGAAUCUAGCCCGCAAUCCAAUUUAAGUGUAGCACAUGUUCAUACGGGAUCCCUAAAAUCGGCCGACGGUACGAUAGACAUCCCCUUGAGCGUUGGUAGCGAUUGGAUGAGAUUGCAUCAAGAUUAUGCAGACAUCGACGCGCGGGUCUCUUGCGCCUCUCUGCCUGGAACGAAGCCGGAAAUCCAAUGCGACAUUGAGUACAAGGGUAGAAUAGCUUUUCAUGGGCCAAUGCUGCAGCUCUGGAAAGGAGAAAAGGAAUCUUUGGAUUGGGGGGAAGGCUAUUAUUAUACCACCCCUCUACUUGCGAGCAGAAGUGAGGAGCUUGGUUGGGUGAACAAAACGGUCUUCCUGGGCAUGGGGAAAAUUAGAGUGACGGAAAGCGGGAGUGUGGAGGUUGUCUAUAGAAUAUUUCGAGUAGGUCAUUGA